UAUAUAUAUUUCCUUCUCUGUUCCAUCAUCGUAAUCACUCACCAUGGGGCAGUACUGGGCAAUAAUAAGCAUUGACAACAGGGAAACCGCUAGGCACUUGGGAAAGCUGGGAGAGUUCUUCUGGAUCCCAGAUGACUCGCUUGUCAGCCGCCUGACGACUCCUGUGAUUCCAGCGUCUUACAAGACUGAUUCUGCCAUUGGCGUUUUUGAAGGGAAAAAGGCCAAAAUUAUCCUCCAUCAAUCCUUUUGUCACUUCCGCAUGAGCUCUUGCUUGUAAUAGCAGAAGAACUCUUGGAGAAUUAUCUUGAUCUCAUUUGCUUUUCUCUUAUAUGCAUAGACGCAUGGGAGCUGACUGAACAAGUCCGAUACAAAU